CCAUCAGUCACACUGAUCACAGCUCCUUUGGUAGAAGAAACAGAAGGACAUGGCAAACCUGAACUGGUCAUAUGAGGGAGAAAAUGGUCCUGAGCAUUGGAGCAAGCUCUACCCCAUUGCUAACGGAGACAAUCAGUCCCCCAUAGACAUUAAAACCAAAGAGGUCAAACAUGAUGCCUCUCUGAAACCUAUCAGUGUCUCCUACAAUCCAGCAACAGCCAAAGAAAUUGUCAAUGUGAGUCAUAACUUCCAGGUAAAUUUUGAGGACAAGGAUAACCAGUCAGUACUAAAAGGUGGUCCCUUCACUGGAAGCUUUAGGCUGCGUCAGUUUCAUUUUCACUGGGGCACUGCUGAUGACCACGGAUCUGAGCACACAGUAGAUGGAGUAAAAUACUCAUCCGAGUUACACAUAGUUCACUGGAAUUCUGAAAAAUAUUCCAGCUUCAGUGAAGCAGCUGAGAAACCUGACGGCUUGGCAAUUAUUGCUGUUUUUAUUAAGGCUGGCCAAGCCAACCCAGGCCUCCAGAAAGUAAUUGAUGCUCUAAGUUCAAUCAAAACUAAGGGCAAAAAAGCUCCAUUUGCUAAUUUUGACCCAUCCCUUCUAAUCCCUCAAUCCUCGGAUUACUGGAGCUAUCAUGGUUCUCUGACUCAUCCCCCUCUACAUGAGAGUGUAACCUGGAUUAUCUACCGGGAGCCUAUCAGUGCCAGCUCAGAACAGCUGGCCAAGUUCCGAAGUCUUCUAUCGACUGCUGAAGGUGAAAAAGCAUCCUCCAUCCUGCACAACCACCGACUCCCCCAGCCACUGAAAGGGAGACAAGUGAAAGCUUCAUUCAAGUGAGCCUUCUGUCAUCUCCAUUCCAAAGAGGAAAAAAGGCAACAUCUUUUCUAAAGAAAUCUUUUCAAACCAUAGGAAGUAAAUGUCUUGCAUGGUUAUUAUUUAGUGAAUAUUUGUUGAAUCUGAAUUUAAUCCGUGAGAAGCAUGUGGACUAUUUAGUUAUUGCCAUUUCAUUAAAUUCAAGUUGCAUGAAUUUACUAUACUAAUCUUCACUCUGUGAGAUUCUCUUCCAACAACUCUGAAGAAAAAUAUUUUACUUUUGGCUUUUGUAUGCAUUUGGUAAUCUGCAAGCUAACCAUAAUUUAAAGUUUUGCUAAAAUUCAAGUUUGAAUAGAGGGAUUCUUUAUGAUGGUAGUUACUGUUU